ACGUGUAGCUGACGUAUGUUUUCUUUCUCUUGUGUUGUAGAGUUACUGGGCUCCACCAAGCGGCUGAACAUCAACUAUCAGGAUCCAGACGGGUUUUCUUCAUUGCAUCAUGCUGCUCUCACAGGCACUACGGAGCUGCUUUCUCUAUUGUUGGAGGCUCAGGCAGUCGUGGACAUCAAGGACAGCAAUGGCAUGCGGCCGCUGCAUUACGCAGCAUGGCAGGGUAAAGCAGACUCAGUGCUGAUGCUGCUGCGGUCUGGAGCUGCAGUGAACAGUGCCUCCCAUGACGGACAGAUCCCACUGCACCUGGCGGCUCAGUAUGGACACUAUGAGGUGUCGGAGAUGCUGCUGCAGCACCAGUCGAACCCCUGUGUGUUAAACAAGGCUAAGAAGACUCCUCUGGAUCUGGCCUGUGAGUUCGGCCGAGCGAAGGUAGCUCAGCUGUUGUUGAGCAGUAAUAUGGUGGCAUCUCUGUUAGAGGGCGAUCGGAGAGACGCGUCCGACUCCAACUGUAACACUCCUCUACACCUCGCCGCUCGCAACGGACACAAAGACGUCAUCCGGCUUCUUCUGAAAGCAGGAAUUGACAUCAACAGAACCACUAAAGCAGGCACAGCGCUCCACGAGGCCGCCCUCUAUGGGAAAACAGAAGUAGUGCGGCUCCUUCUGGAUACGGGCAUCGAUGUGAAUAUCCGUAACACUUACAAUCAGACAGCGCUGGACAUCGUCAACCAGUUCACCGCAUGCCACGCCAGCAAAGACAUCAAGCAGCUGCUACGAGAAGCGACAGGAGUUCUUCAGGUCAGAGCUCUGAAAGACUUCUGGAAUCUUCACGACCCCACAGCCCUCACCAUACGGGCCGGAGACGUCAUCACGGUGAUCGAGCAGCAUGUGGACGGACGCUGGAAAGGACACAUUCACGACACCCAGAGAGGAACAGACCGAAUCGGAUACUUCCCACCCUCCAUAGUAGAGGUCAUCAGCCGACGCUCAG